UCUAAUCUUAUUAUUAAAACGUUGGCCUAUUCUUUGCUAUUGCUUAUUAAAACCGAUAUAAUCAUGAGGUGGAUUUGUACUUGGAUGGUUUCAUUACUCCUCAUUUUUACCAAUGGUCAAUCCAAUUUACGGAAAAAAAGAGUUUGUAUAAUAGGAGCAGGCCCGAGUGGAAUUGCUUCGUUGAAAGAAGUCGCUGAAAAACUAGAUAUGUUUGAACCCAUAGGCUUUGAAAGAAGCUCAGACAUUGGUGGACAAUGGAUUUAUAGUGAUAACACUGAUUUUGACGAGCAUAGAUUGCCUGUUCACAGUAGUAUAUAUAAAUACCUAAGAACAAAUAUUCCUAAACAAGUUAUGGCAUGUCCGGAUUACAGAAACUUUAAUGGUGAAGAUAGCAGCUACGUAAAUCAUACAACUUUGUUAUCGUAUCUAAGAAACUACACUGAUCAUUUCAACCUUCGACAAUAUAUUCAUUUUGAUACCAUGGUGGAAAAAGUUAUCCCAUUAUCCAACCAUAAUGUGACCAAAUGGCUCGUAAAAAUAAAAAAGUUAAACACAAACUUUAGCAGCAAAUUAAUUUGCGACGGUGUCAUGGUAUGCUCUGGGCCAUAUACCAAACCCUCAAUCCCCAACAUUCUAGGUAUUGAAAAAUUUCCCGGUCGCGUACUGCAUAGCCAUAUAUAUCGUCGACCUGAAGAUUUUACUGGGCAAACCGUUGCAAUAUUGGGAGCAUCAAUAUCUGGCAAAGAUAUUGCUUUUGAGUUGAGUAAAUAUGCAAACAAAAUCUAUUUAAGUCAUCGACAUGAUAAAAUUACGACCGAAAUGCCAUCGAACGUAAUACAAGUAAUGGGAAUCGUUGCAGCCAACACAAGCAAUCUAAUUCUCAGUGAUAAUACCUCAAUAACUGCGGAUUCUCUUAUUUUGUGUACAGGAUUCGAUCACGAUGUUCCAUUUUUAGAUAAGAGAAGCGGUGUGGAAAUUCGAAAAAAAUAUCUAUACCCGGUGUAUAAGCAAAUCGUUAAUAUUGAACAUCCAACUAUGGGUUUCAUUCAUUUUUUCCCUACAAUCAGACCGUUUUGUCCAAAAUUUGCUUCUCAGGCUAAAUACUUUGUAGCUCAUCUUCAAGGUAAAGUAGACUUACCAAACCAUGAAAAAAUGUUUCAAGAGGCUGACGAUAUACUAGAGAAUAUAAAAUCGAGUAAAUCCCUAGAUUACUGGUGGUAUUACUUGGAUAGUCUAGCUAAGGCAGCUAAUUUUGAGCCCUUACCUGAGUUUUAUAAAGAAGGUUAUAGACUGUGGUUUAGUCGUAUGUCUUGUGACCCUCUUCACUUUCGGGAGUAUAAUCUUCGAUUUAAAGAGGAUGGCAGCAUCGAAGAAGUCAAAGCAUAAUUGUUCAAAAAUCCAUAGCAGUCGUGGAAAAAAACUAUUGAGA